AUGUCACUUGAUUCUCUAAAGAUGGCUUAUCCAUACUAUUCUCCUCCACCUCCUUCACCACCCCUACCCUCACAUGUACCGUGGAAUCCUAUAAUGCCAUCACCUCCACCUAAACACCACUACCAUUCACCUCCACCUCCACCAAACCCUCAACUUAAGCCUUCACCUCCUCCUCCGCAGUCGCCAUCGUGCCAAUAUGAUUGCGCGCACCCACCUCUAACACCCAUUAGCGGCCCACCACCUCAACAUUUUGCACCUUCACCAACCCCCUCUACCCCUACACCUUCAAAGCCACCAACACUAACGCCUACUGCCCCAACUUCAGCAACCUCUUACCAUAAGCCAACACCACCUAAACCCUCAUCACCUCUACCAAGCUACACUCCUAGUCCAACCCCACCACCAGAAUUACCGCCAUAUGCAUCACCACCACCACCACCUAAACGAACUCCCACGAGUCCAACAUCAAUGCCCUCUCCCUCCAAGCCAGCUCCCCCUGUGCCCUCUUCUCCACCAAGCCAUAUUCCUAGUCCAGCUCCACCACCAGAACAAACAGCUACAAGCCCAGCACCAACACCAAUGCCCUCUCCAUACAAGCCCAUUCCACCUGAACCAUCACAUGCACCAAGCCACACUUCUGUUCCACCAACACCUUCAGGCCCAGAACCAAUGCCGUCUCCCUCCACUCCACCUAAACCUUCAUAUCCACCAAGCUAUUCUCCUGGUCUAGUUCCACCACCAAAACCAACACCUACAAGCCCAGCACCAAUGCCCUUGCCCAUUUCACCUAAUCCAUCAUAUCCACCAAGCCACACUCCUGGUCCAGUUCCACCCCCAAAACCAACACCUAUAGGCCCAGCACUAAUGCCCUCUCCCUAUAAGCCCAAUCCACCUAGACCAUCAAAUCCGCCUAGCUACGGUCCUGGUUCAGUUCCACCACCAAAACCAGCACCGAUGCCCUCUCAUGACAGGCCAACUUCACCCAAGCCCCCACACGCAACACCACCAAGUUACUACGUUUCACCUCCAACCCCAUUAAACAGUCCAGUUUCACCGCCUAAAUUACCUCCAUACGCUACACCACCGCAAUACAAUAUGCCACCACCACCUAAACCUAGCUUAGCCCCACCAGUUUAUGUUGCACCUCCUCCUUUUAGACCAGUGGCACCAUCGUCAGAGGUUGUGUCGCCACCUCCAGGAGGCAAUCAUACCACGGUCAUUGUCGUGCGUGUUUCGCUUGGUGGGGUGUUCUUCCUUGCAUUCCUUUUGGUUGGUCUCGUUUGUUUGGCUAAGAAAAAGAAGAAGAAGCCAGCAGCUCUAGUUUGUAUUGAAGAACAAGAAAACAUUACUACAGUACAAAGUGGAGAAGAAACUGUGACGGUUUCGAUUGAGGAUGAUGCGCGAAUUCAUGGACUUUUAGGCGCUGUUGGUUCCGGUAGUAGUUCGCAUACGAGUUCUCCUAGUGGCCCUUCUUCUCCUUAUGAAUCAGGCCGACAACCUAAAGGUUCUACUCAUGGUCAAGGCUACCACCGUGAAUAUUAA